GGGGCACGGUGCCAAAAGGGCCGCACCCCCUGCCCCGUCCCUGCGCUGGGCCGGGCAAGGGAGGUGCUUCGUGCCAGCUCCGCUCCCCCCGCCCACUUCCCCCGUCUCUGCCCUUUGCCCCCAGCUGGGAACCAGGCGUCUCUGCUGCCCCGGCAGCUCCCGGCGGGUCCCGCAGCAGCGACGGGCGAUGGGGCGAAUCCCCCACAGACCGGGCGGCCCUUGGACGGGGAUUCUCCUGGCAGCCUCCGUCCUGGGCUCCUGCCUCCAGCCGGCGCCGGCCCAGACCCCGACCCCAGUGACCAUCGUCCUCACCCCGCCGAGCCCCGUGGUGGGAGGGGGCGUCAGCCUGGCCCCGCAGCCACCGCCACAGGGCUUCGUGUCCUGCAGCUGGCACCGAUCAGCGACCACUGAUGAAAACAGCCGGAUCCUCACCUACUACCCACAAACACCCCCCGUUCAGCAGAACGGCUCGGCCCACACGGGGCAGGAGACAGCGGGGCCGGGCUGCGCCCUGAACAUCGCGGGGUUAACGCUCAGCGACACCGGGAACUACACGGUGCAGAUACAGAGCCCGACUAGCCCUGUCCCCUACAUCACGGUGCAUCUCUUCGUCUAUGAAAUCCUGCCUAAGCCCACAGUGACGCCAAACCAAACCCAGGUGCUGGAGAACGGGACCUUCACCCUCACAUGUAACAGCUCCCCCAGCGUCAACACCAUGCUCUGGCUCCGGGACGGGGCAUCUCUCGCGUCCAGUGAGCGGCUGGUGCUGUCCCCUGACAACUGGACCCUCACGGUGCUGGGUGUCACCCGGGGCGACGCCGGCGCCUACCAGUGCGAGGUCGGGAACCCCGUCAGCAUCAACCGCAGCAAGCCCAGCAACGUCACGGUGGCCUAUGGGCCGGACUCUGCCCAGAUAGACCCACCAGGACCCAUCGCCCUGACUCUCGGGUCUCUUCUGAACCUGAUGUGCGUUGCCGACUCCAUCCCAGCCCCGAGCUAUCGCUGGGUUCUCAAUGGCACCGACACUAAGGAGACCGGGAGCAGCUUGACCUUUAAUCUCACGACCUGGGCUCAGCAGCGGAUGUACGAGUGCCGGGCUCACAACCCCGUCACCAACCGCACUGCCUGGGCGUCUGUCACCGUGCGGGUGACAGGGACGGACACCCCUCGUCCAGUUCUCUCUGCCGGGGCUAUCGCCGGGAUUGUCAUCGGGUCACUAGCGGGGGCAGCGCUGGUCGGAGUCACGGUCUAUUUCCUCUACUCUCGCUGCCAGAACGAGACCCCCAAGGAGAAUGAGGCACCCGUCCUGAUGUACGAGAACCUGCCCCCGACAGCCUGGGCGGGGCCAGUGACUCUGCAGCCCCGACAGUCGGACGUGUACGAGGAGCUGAAGAAGAGACAACAGUGGAACGACAGCAACACACUCUGGUCGCAGGGAGAAGCGGCCGUGGUGAGCCUGAGACACCCAGGGGCGGGUGAGUCGUCCCCCCCCCCCUCCGGGCGGCUGUCGGGAAGGGGGGGCACGGUGCCAAAGGGGCCGCACCCCCUGCCCCGAACCUGCGCUGGGCCGGGCAAGGGAGGUGCUUCGUGCCAGCUCCGCUCCCCCCCCCCCUUCCCCCGUCUCUGCCCUUUGGCCCCAGCUGGGAACCAGGCGUCCCUUUGCCCCGGCAGCUCCCGGCGGGUCCCGCAGCAGCGACGGGCGAUGGGGCGAAUCCCCCACAGACCGGGCGGCCCUUGGACGGGGAUUCUCCUGGCAGCCUCCGUCCUGGGCUCCUGCCUCCAGCCGGCGCCGGCCCAGACCCCAGUGACCAUCGUCCUCACCCCGCCGAGCCCCGUGGUGGGAGGGGGCGUCAGCCUGGCCCCGCAGCCACCGCCAGAGAACUUGGUGCUCUGCAGCUGGCACCGAUCAGCGACCGCUGAUGAAAAGAGCCGGAUCCUCAGUUACAAUCCAGCUACAAGCCCCCCUCAGACCCCCGGCCCGGCCCACACGGGGCGGGAGACAGCGGGGCCGAGCUGCGCCCUGAACAUCGCGGGGUUAACGCUCAGCGACACCGGGAACUACACGGUGCUGAUAAUGAACCCUGGGGUCCUCACCAUCCCAGUGACUCUGCGCGUCUAUGAAAUCCUGCCCAAGCCCACAGUGACGCCAAACCAAACCCAGGUACUGGAGAACGGGACCUUCACUCUUACGUGUAACAGCUCCCCCAGCGUCAACACCAUGCUCUGGCUCCGGGAUGGGGCAUCUCUCGUGCCCAGUGAGCGGCUGGUGCUGUCCCCUGACAAUUGGACCCUCACGGUGCUGGGUGUCACUCGGGGUGACGCCGGCGCCUACCAGUGCGAGGUCGGGAACCCCGUCAGCACUAACCGCAGCGAGCCCAGCAAUGUCACGGUGGCCUAUGGGCCGGACUCUGCCCAGAUAGACCCACCAGGACCCAUCGCCCUGACUCUCGGGUCACUUCUGAAGCUGACGUGUGUUGCCGACUCCGUCCCAGCCCCGAGCUAUCGCUGGCUUCUCAACGACACCGACACUAAGGAGACCGGGAGCAGCUUGACCUUUAAUCUCACGACCUGGGCUCAGCAGGGGACGUACGAGUGCUGGACUCACAACCCCGUCACCGGCCGCACUGCCUGGGCGUCUGUCGUCGUGUGGGUGACAGGGACGGACACCCCUCGUCCAGCUCUCUCUGCCGGGGCCGUCGCCGGGAUUGUCAUCGGGUCACUAGCGGGGGCAGCGCUGGUCGGAGUCACGGUCUAUUUCCUCUACUCUCGCUGCCAGAACGAGACCCCCAAGGAGAACGAGGCACCUGUCCUGGUGUACGAGAACCUGCCCCCUACAUCCUGGGCGGGGUCAGUGGCCCAGCCUGGGAGCCCCCCUGACCCCAGCCCCACGUACCAGACGCUGCAGCUCCGAAAGCCGGACGUGUACGAGGAGCUGAAGAACGACGAGACAGACGGAGAUGAGCAGGAAAUCAGCAAGAGCGAGAAAGCUGGGCCGGGCAAGGGAGGUGCUUCGUGCCAGCUCCGCUCCCCCCACCUCCCACUUCCCCCGUCUCUGCCCUUUGCCCCCAGCUGGGAACCAGGCGUGUCUGCCGCCCCGGCAGCUCCCGGCGGGUCCCGCAGCAGCGACGGGCGAUGGGGCGAAUCCCCCACAGACCGGGCGGCCCUUGGACGGGGAUUCUCCUGGCAGAACAACGGCCCGGCCCACACGGGGCGGGAGACAGCGGGGCCGGGCUGCGCCCUGAACAUCGCGGGGUUAACGCUCAGCGACACCGGGAGCUACACGGUGCAGAUACAGAGCUCUACCGCUGCUACCCCUGUCCGCUCCACGGUGGUUCUGCGCGUCUAUGAAAUCCUGCCCAAGCCCACGGUGACGCCAAACCAAACCCUGGUGCUGGAGAACGGGACCUUCACCCUCACGUGUAACAGCUCCCCCAGUGCCAACACCGUGCUCUGGCUCCGGGACGGGGCAUCCCUCGUGCCCAGUGAGCGGCUGGGGCUGUCCCCUGACAACCGGACCCUCACGGUGCCAAAUGUCACCCGGGGCGACGACGCCGCCUACCAGUGCGAGGUCAGGAACCCCGUCAGCACCAACCGCAGCGAGCCCAGCACCGUGAUGGUAGCCUAUGGGCCGAACUCUGCCCAGAUAGACCCACCAGGACCCAUCGCCCUGACUCUCGGGUUGCUUCUGAACCUGACUUGCAUCGCCGACUCCGUCCCAGCCCCCAGCUAUCGCUGGGUUCUCAACGGCACCGACAGUAAAGAGACCGGGAGCAGCUUGACCUUUAACCCCACAACCUGGGCUCAGCAGGGCACGUACGAGUGCUGGACUCACAACCCCGUCACCGGCCGCACUGCCUGGGCGUCUGUCGCCGUGCGGGUGACAGGGACGGACGCCCCUCGUCCAGUUCUCUCUGCCGGGGCCGUCGCCGGGAUCGUCAUCGGGUCACUAGCGGGGGCAGCGCUGGUCGGAGUCACGGUCUAUUUCCUCUACUCUCGCUGCCGGAACGAGACCCCCAAGGAGAACGAGGCACCCGUCCUG